UUGGAAAGAGAGAGAGAGAGGGAGAGGCACAAUUUGAGCAACUAAACCAUGGCGGGCACAGGACAAGAAGUCACCAACGCAAUUACCCUCAAAGGCUCGGCACAGCUGGUGUCCGACUUCUUCUAUUACGGGAUCAACAGCAUCUUGUACCAGCGAGGCAUUUACCCCCCCGACUCCUUCACCUUCGCCCAGCAGUACGGCCUCACUGUCUACACCACCACUGACAAUGCUGUGAAAGACUACCUCAACAACAUCCUGGCGCAGAUCAAGGAGUGGCUGGAGGCUGGGGAGGUGCAGCGGCUGGUGUUGGUGGUGGCGAACGUGGAUACAAAGGAGGUGCUGGAGCGAUGGGACUUCAUGGUGCAGCAAGAAACCGGCUUCACUGCUGAGGAUGCCAAGGAUGGCAAGACUGGAAACAAAGACCUCAAGCUGAUACAGAAGGAGAUGCGAGAAGUUAUCAGGCAGAUCACAGCCUGCGUCACCUUCCUCCCCCUACUGGACUGUGUGUGCUCGUUUGACCUCCAAGUGUACACCCACAAGGACACCAAGGCCUCGGAGAAAUGGAUAGAGUCACCACCUUGCUUUAUCGCCAACUCUCAGGAAGUCCGCCUUAAAUCCUUCUCCACAUCCAUCCAGCGAGUCGACACCUGUGUUAGCUAUAAGAUGGAUGACUGAGGUGGUGGUGGUGGUGGUAGUAGUGGUGAUUGUGAAUGAAUGAAGGAAGUAAAUGGUGAUGGUAGUGAUGAAUGGAUGAAGGAAUAGAUGUGGUGAUGAUAGUGGUGCUUUGAGGGGUGAUGUGGUGGUGCUGGUGAUAGUGGAUGGAUAAAGGUUCGGUUUGAUGGUGAGGGUGGUGUUUGAAGGCUCUAAUGGUGAUGAUGAGUGGAUGAAGGAUAGAAAUGGUGGUGAUAAUGCUUGAAGUCUUUAAUGGUGGUGAUAAGUGAAUGAUGGAAAAGAUAUGGUGAUGAUGGUGAUGAUAAGCGGAUGAAGGAAAAAAUAAUAGUGAUGGUGAGUGGUGGUGAAGUCUACAUUUGAUAGUGAUAAGUGGUGAAUGAAGGAAAUAAUGAUGAUAAUAGUGUUUGAAGUAAUUUUGAUGGUGAUGAGGUGGAUGGGUGAUGAAAAAGAUGGUGAUGGUGAUGGUGAAUGAAGAUGUAAAAGAUGAUGGUGUUUGAAGGCAAGUGGUGAUAAUAACGAUGGUAGAUUUUAGAUAUAGUGUCCUCAUCAUUUAAUUUUGUUUAUCCUCAGUUACCAUCUAGUAUUAUCUAUUCUUUUUUAUCUAUAUCAUUUUUCAUUAUUGCUGUUUUUAUCUGACCUUAUCUUAUGUUACCUGAGCAAUCUUCCUCCUCUUCCUUUUCCUCUUCUUCUUCUUCUUCUUCUUCUUCUUCUUCUUCUUCUUCCUGUCUUUCCGAAUUUGUAGAAAGCCCUGGUCACUGUCUCAUCUCCUCCUUGGUCACUUUCAUCUUCUCUUCCUCCUUCUCUUCUUCCUCUUCCUUAUCACUUUUAUCUUUUCCUCCUCUUCUUCUUCCUCUUCCUGUCUUUCUGAGUUAGUAGAAAGCCUUGUUCACUGUCUCAUUCCCUCUGCCUCCUCCUCCUCCUCUUAUUCUUCCUCUUCCUUGGUCUCUUUAAUCUUUUUCUUCCUCUUCCUGUCUUUUCAAGUUUGUAGAAGCCUUGGUCAUUGUCUCCCUUUCUUCUCCCUCCUCCUCUUCAUCUUCCUCAAUUUCCUUGGCCACUUUCAUCUCUUCCUUUUCCUGUCUUUCCAAGUUUGCAGUUCUGAGUCUUCACUAUUUUUUUCCUCUUGUUCUUAAUUCAACAUUUUAAGGUUCUGAUUGGUCAUAUACUCAUUCACGUUCUCUUAUGCUCUUCCUCAUUCAUGUCUCACACUUUACCUCAUUAAUGAUUCUUCCUCUUUCCUUUUUUUUGAGUGUGUUUGGUUGUCAGAUAAGUAAGGAGGAGGAGGAGGAGGAGGAUGCUGUCCUUGUAAUGUCUUGUAACUGUUUCCUUUGCUUGUUAUUCUUGUUCUGUGUUGUCUUUUUUAGUGAUAGGAAGGAUUAGUAAGGAGGAGGAAGAGGUGGUGCUGUACUGUUUUGUAAUUCCUUCCUUGUUAUUCUUUAUUAUAAUUGUCACUUUUACUUUUAUUCCUAUCUUUUCCAGCAAUGUUACAAAAGGUUACUCAAUUAUUCUGUUCAUAUUGUUAGAAGAAUAAGGAGGAGGAAGAGGAGGGUGUUAUAGUGUACAGUAAUUCCCUCCUUCACUUCCUAUUCUUCUGUCAUCUUUUCCGGCAAUGUUACGAAAGGUUACUCAAUUAUUCUGUUCAUAUUGUCAGAAGAAUAAGGAGGAAGAGGAGGAGGUGCUGUAAUGUUUUGUAAUUAUCUCCUUUACUUGCUAUUCUGUUAUCUCUUCUAGCAAUGAAAUGAAAGAUUACUCCAUUCCGUUUAUAUUGUCAGAAGAGUAAGGAGGAAGAGGUGGGUGCUGUUAUGUAUAGUAGUAAUUAUUGUCUCUGUUUGUUAUUCUUCUCUAUCUUGUUUUCCCGCGAUAAUAGGAAACAGCACACUUCGUAACCUGCUUUUGUAUCUAGCCAGCCUUUCUUCCUACCGAGUCAUAAUAGUACACGUUGAUCGUUGUCCUCUUCAUAAGUCAGUGUCUUGAAAUAAACCUCUGACACAUUCCAAAGUUCAAAGGUCAAGGGUCCAGACAAGGCAUCUCAUUCCAAGGGCAGAUGUGGUGAAGUCUUUGCUGUGGUGGUCUGCUGCAGUGAAGUCUUUGUUGCUGUGAUGUCUUUGUUGUGGUGAAGUCUUUGCUGCGGUGAAGUAUUUGCUGUGGUGAUAUCUUUGCUAUGGUGAAGUCUUUGCUGUGGUGAAGUAUUUGCUAUGGUGAAGUCUUUGCUGUGUUGUCUUUGGUGUGGUUUGUGAAAGAGGCAAGCACAUGACACAGAAGUAAAGUAAGGAAGCUGAUCUUUAUGUUUUAAGCCUGUAUGAUAACUGGUCUUACAUUUUGCUACCUGUUUUUUGUUUUUUUUUUACUCUUAUAAUAAACUUGACUUUUUAA